CCGCAUUGCAUGAAAAACGUCUUAUUGGAAGGACUGACUUCUGAAGUGAGAGACGAUAAAAGACAGUUAAAUGGAAGAAAUUAAGUGGACAUGUUUUUUAAUUGUAGGAUUAUUACUGUCGGAUAUAUGUCAAGGUCUAACAAUCGAUUUGAUGGAGCCAGAAGUAUCCGACUGUGUAAAUCCGUCAGUAAAAAUCGUCUGCAAAUUCACCUCGGACGAAUUACAGGCUGCUAGCAACGAAGUCACAAUAAUGCAUGGUGGGUUGACGUUGGCAACUUGUAAAUCAGACAGUCUCACAUGUACGACGGCAAGUGUGUUAUACAACGUGACAAUGGAGACUACACGUGCAGUGCUGACAAUAACUAACAUGGAUGCGUUUUAUUAUGGCCCUAUUUGGGGUUGCCGUGCUGGUCCCAAAGUGGCUUCACUUCAGCUAAAAUACUUUCGAGCAGCAACAAAGAGUGCUUCUGAACAGUUCCUGUCUCUUGGAGAAAUAACUAUAGUUGACCUAUUGACACUAUUUAUAGUUAUCGUUAUACUACUGAUACUGGUAAUACAAGUCUUUUGCAGACGUCGCUGUCAGGGAAGAAACAGUAAAGAAAUGAUGACAGAAAAUCCACUGCUGACUUCAAAUGGAUUCAAAGAGUAAUAAAGACAUUUCAUUUGCUGUAAAAGUAUUUAACAAUAUUUGGAUACUUAUAUUAUUUUUGGUCGUUCUGUUGAUAACGAAACUCUAGGAAAGGUUAAUUGAUUCUGAUCAGCUACAGUAACUAUGUAAAGUUUGUUUUAAGGGUUGAAUAUUGUUAAUAAUUGCCAAUUGAGUGAGUAAAAUUACAAAUUGUGUCGACUGACAGAAUAAUGGAAUUGAGGCACUAGAAUUUUUGUAAAGGGUUUUGAAGAUAAUUAUUAUGGUUGUGAAUAAUCUUAUUUGUCAAUGCUUCUGUAUUAUCACCUUUAUAAUUUAUAUGUCACACUACUUUCAUAAUAUCGAGUCAGUUCUAGCUCUGUCCAUAUGUCAAGACUUCGCUCG